CACGGUUCAAGUCAAAACUCCUAAAAAGAUACAAAAGCUAUUAACAAUCAUGGCACCAUCAGCAGAGCCUACGGCGAUUCUAUCUCAUCUGCAUCGCGCAGAUGGGUCCGCGACAUUCUCACAGAAUGGCUACGCGGUCAUCGGCGCAGUCAAUGGCCCUCUCGAAGUGCAAAGACGAGACGAGUUGCCAGAGGAAGCAGUUGUUGAUGUGAUCGUACGGCCUGCGGCUGGAGUUGGAGGUACGCGGGAGCGACAUCUAGAAUCUAUCCUGCAGUCCACCCUCCGCCAAAUCAUCCUCAUUCAGAAUUUCCCGCGAACCCUAAUUCAGGUCUCAUUACAGAUCAUGAGCACACCAGAGAAUGAAAAUGCGGGGUCAAAGUUGGUACAAGCAGCUUCGAACCUACCUAUUCUCCCCGCACUUCUUCAAACCUCAAUCCUAGCCUUGUUGUCUGCUUCGAUGCCCCUCUCUCUUACUCUGACAUCGGUCUUACUUGCUCUUACGUCCGACGGAACCGCCAAGAGAAUAAUUCGAAAUCCAACCCUCAUCCAAUCCCAAAGCGCAGAUUCACUCCACGUGUUGGCUUUCACUUCUCAGGGCGACCUGUUGGUCGCAGAAAGUGAGGGUAGUUUUACAAUCGGCGAUUGGGAUGAAAUCUAUGAAGCUGGAAAAGCAGCAUGCUGCCAUGAAACAAAACAGUCGGACGAUCAUGAAAUGAUGGACAAGAAGGAAGGAGGAACGCAACUGUUUGUCAAAUCAACCCUCCAGGCAAAAGUUGCCGCAGAUCUCCACUGGAAAGAAUGAUCGACUUAGCAACACUUAUCAUCUCCACAGCUUUCAAACGUUUCACGAUCCUUUGGUACAAUGGCAGCGGCCGACUUCCUCAAUAGGGGCAAGGUCAUUCUACGGGAUGUGUUUGGUACAAUGAGGCAACCGCAGUCGUGGGGGACUGGAUGAUGAGGGGCUAUGGCAUUGAUGCCAAGCUUACGAUCUUUCAACGGCGGCAAUGUUUUUAAAUAGCCGCCUCUGAAGGAUCGGACCGUGAAUCCAACAGAGUGACCCUUGUUCCCCGAAUUUGUUUACAAAAAUAGCGCGAGCAGCAAAGUCGUGGGACUUGACCGCGGAGACUAGGCUGUAACAAGUAGUCAGUGCUGUGGGGCUGUUUGGAGACCUGGACCCCUGACUUGAGGCGAAGUUUCAUCAGCUCUCAAACCCAAUGAACAUCGAGGAUUAGCGACGCCUUUGUGAUGUGCGGGAAAAUGUUGACACAAGGCCAAAUUCAGGAUGUGAC